UAGGGAAAUAAAUUGCGUAGAGUCUAUCUAAGAAUAGAAUUUGUAAAAUAAUUCGUAAAUUUUUUUACGUAAAUAAUUAUAUAACCCGGUGAAGUUCAGACUUGAAAGACAGAUUUUAAAUUUAAAGAAGUAUAAGAAGAUUUUCAUGAAAUUCAUGCAACAAAUCGAUAACGGGGAAAAAAAAACUGCAUACACAAACUGAAUGCAUUGUCGUUAAAAUAAGAGGAAAGGAAAGUUUUUUUUUAUCAUGGCCACAGUUAAUCCUAUAAGCAGUAGUUGUCAGAGCAUUGCUAGAGUCAGUGUGAGUGCCGGAACUACAUUGCGUGCAGGCGGCAAUAGCAAUGGUAAUGGCGGUAACGGUCAUUAUAUACCUGGUACCGGUAGCUUAGGUCGCUUAAAGUACCAUAAUAAGCAUAAAAGUUUAGACGCCAGCGACGAGGAAAUCGACUAUUCACAGCUUUCCCAGUCGACCCAUUUACUGGGUCGUGUUAAGUCGGAACGUUUUCUAGCAUCGAAAGUUGAUGAGACUCGCAGACGUCGAACUAUAAUCGUUGAGAAAAAAAAUGAUUCGUUCGGCUUCACAUUACAAAGUUAUGGAAUACAUUACAAAAAGGAUCAAGAAGUUGAAAUGAUCACUUACGUUGAUUACGUGGAGUAUGACGGACCAGCGUAUAAAGCUGGUAUGAGAGAAGGCGAUGUUAUAUUGGCCAUUAACGGCGAAGACAUGGAAAAAGCGGAUCAUAAGACUCUAGUUGAUUACAUUAAAAGCUGCGAUACACGUAUGCGUAUGGUUGUACUUUUCGAAGAUUGUGUACGUAAGGUGGAACUUCAUAUGCGUUACAUACAAUUACAAAAUCUAUUGCAAAGCAAAAUGAACGAAUUGGAACGAGUGUGCUUGCAUGAACGUGAAUUACUUGAAGGUAAAUGGAAGACUCAUAGCCUACCUGCCCGCAAAAGAACAACCACUUCACCAAUUGAUGGUACGGAUCCCGGUAAUUCACCCUCAGAAGGUGAACAAAAUUUACCUUUUUACCGUUCCACGCUGUCGACGGAAGACGUUGGCAAUAUUACACGUCAAGCGCAACAAACAAUAAUACCACCACCAGCUCAAUUCAUGCUCUCGUAUCAUUACUUUGACCCGACAUAUCGCUAUGUUAUGAAGCCAUCCAAUUCCACCACAAACAGUAGUGGUGAUUGUUUCGUGACAGUCGGUGAACGUCUACCACGUACUGAAUCGGAAGAUACCACGAUCGCCCCAGUCACUGCUUCUCAAUUUUCUCAAAAUCAGAGAAGGAGUAGUACUUCGCACACAGCUCUGGUCCCAGCAUCCCGGACUUGUGAGAAACACAAGCAGGCAAAUCGUCCAACCAACCAGCAGCAAACGAUUAAGGCGCGCGAUUUAAAACCUGAAUCGAAUACACCGCCAAAAGUUCAGAAAUCUAAACACUGCCAUGGUCAUUCCUGUAAUCCGUGCAUUGAUUUUAGAUGGAAGUCGGCUGAAAAAGCAAGUACGACAGCUGCUCAGGCAGACAAUGUUAGCUUAGAUGCUUACGAUUUAGCGAGUCCAUGCUGCGACACGCAUUGUGUUCCUACGCGACGACGCACCCGCCAUCAUCACAAAGAAAAUCAUACUCAUAAACAUAAGCAUAGAGAUCGAGACCGCGAAACUAAGGAUAGGCCACCACGUCCUAAAUCCCAAAGUCACAUAUCCCCGAGCAUUGCGACACGACAUCAUCAUCAUCAUCAUGAAAAUUUAAACCAACAUCCGCAUCACUGCCAUGGAACACCCCAACAACAACCACAGCAUCAACAUCAUCAUCAUCAUAAAACGUCGCACGGUUGUGAUUCACAGAACGGUAGCGUACGAUCGCGUUAUUUUGAUUUAGCUUCUGGUUUAGCGAGCCACUGCAGCUUGCACUCUUGCACCUCUAAUGAAUUUCAGGCGCCGGAUACUUCGUCUUACACCACUUCCAUUAGCACGGACACGCUCUUCUGGGAUCCAAAAAGUGAUAAUGUCGCUGCCUCACGCCAGCACUCAACCACUUCCCGUCAAUCAGCUCAACAACAACAGCAGCAGCAACAACAGCAAAAGCAGUUGCAGCAACAACACCAUCAUCCACAUCAUCAUUAUUCACAGCCACAGACACAGCAGCAACAACAACAACAACAACAACAACAACAGCAGCAGCAGCAGCAGCAGCAGCAACAACAACAACAACAACAACAACAACAUCAUUAUUUGCAAAAUUUAUAUCAUCAUCGAUACCAUAUAACGGCAACACAGGUUCAACCAAGCCAAAUUUAUCCGAAUUCUGCUGCUGCUUAUGUACACAAACCAAAAUCGUGGGACAAUUUAACAGCCGCCAAUGCCAAAGACUAUGCUUACGGAUAUGGAUAUUUAGACACUGUCGCGGUUAAGCCUAACAUUAAUUUACAGUUGGCUCAACAGCGUCAUUCUAUACCGCGGAAAAAUCCCUACGGUCGUUAUUCAACUUACAUGGACGUUGAAAACUAUGCACCACCACCGUCCGAAUUUGUAGAACAAGUCACAACUACGACAACUACAAUAACUGCUAAAUCAACUGAUGAGCUAAUUGCAGUGACAACCACCGCCACACCGUCUGCCUGCGAUUGUAUGGCCAAUCAGAAGCAACAACAACAAGCAACUAAACUUGCCCAAAUGCAAAUCAACCAAAAUUUAAAAAUUCCUCCAUCUCAUAGCAACUGUCAAAUGGGUUACUAUUCGCAUUUGCCUCAACCGAAAACGGAUGCAACGACAUCCACGCAAACUACCACCCAAACUAAUACCAUCAGCGCCGAUAACGGGACAGUGACAGAAGUGACACGUUUGUAGGUAACGCUCGUUUAGAUCAGAUAACGCAUUUGAUCUAAAUCAAGCAAAUAAUGGAAACAAACAUAAGAGUGAAAGCGUGAUAUUGACUUUACCGAUAUUACCGAUUGUAUCGCACAUUCAGCCCAUUUAUUUGAACUCGUACUACCUAAAGGAAGAAGAAAAUAUUAACUUUGGGCGAGCAAACUAAAGAAAGAAAUUUCGAAAAAGACCGCGCGAAAGUUCUUAACUGAAAUAAAUGAGUCUACAGUGGUACUCGUGGCAACAAAAUCAAUGAUCUCAUUAAAGAGCUAUCUAUGAACGAAAAUAUUCGAUAAAUCGAAACCAAUACAAGAUAAUCUACACAUCCACUUAUUUACAUGCUCUAAUAUGUUUUUAUGUACUUAGCGAAAACGUUUAAGCACGCAUUCGUAUAUACAUUAACGUGUAUACGUAUAUAUAUAUAUAUACAUACAUACAUACAUACAUACAUACAUACAUACAAACAAACAUACAUACAUAUAGCUAGGUAUAUAUCCUUUAGAACAAGAGAACUUCACUGCAACAAAGUAAUUCAGACCAUUUUUUAAUUAUUAUCCCACAAUAAAAAAAAAAUAAAUAAAUGAGUGAAUAAAUAAAUCUUUAGAAGCUAAGAAAAAUUUUCACGAGAACUCAUCAAAUAGACAUCGCAAGACUCCCGUUUGACAUCGAGCCGAGUAGUCGAGCCGAUAAAAGCCGUAAAAUUUAAUGAAAUCAUUAACACUUUCCUGCUUAUUUAUAAGCACAUAGCAUAAGCAUUAAUUGUAGAUGACCAUGAAUAGGGGCCUAACGAUGGGCAUAGACAUAGAUAAAUACUCGCAUGUUGUUGAUAAUAAAUGCCAAAUGGUGUAUUUUUUAAUAAGAAACUUUCGCCUUAAGACUGAUUUUUUAUAUCCACUACCAGGGAAUACAUACGGAGAAACACAUUUCAUAUAUCUAAGGACUCAAUAUUUCCGAGAUCAUAAAUUCAAUAUCAUAAUUCUUCUGCUUCCGUCAAAACGAAUUCAUUUAUUCAACAAUCCCUUUGUCUGUAUGCUACUGGACUUCUUAAAAGUACAGAAA